CUCACCUGUGAACAGAGUCCACACACCAUCCACCCACCACCACCUCUGACACCAUGUGCCAAUCUUGCUGCUCCCCUUGCUGCCAGCCCAGCUGUUGUGGGUCCAGCUGCUGCCAGCCUUGCUGUUGCCCAACUUGCUGUCAGACCACCUGCUGCAGGACCACCUGCUGCAAACCAACCUGUGUGACCAGCUGCUGCCAGCCUUGCUGUCGCCCUUCCUGCUGCAUCCAGCCCUGCUGCCAGACUUGCUGUCCCCCAACUUGCUGUCAGACCACCUGCUGCAGGACCACCUGUUGCAAACCAACCUGUGUGACCAGCUGCUGCCAGCCUUGCUGUCCUCCAACUUGCUGUCAAACUACCUGCUGUAGGACCACCUGCUGCAAACCAACCUGUGUGACCAGCUGCUGCCAACCCUGCUGCCAGCCGUCCUGCUGUUGCCAGCCGUACUGCUGCUGCCAGCCUUGCUGUCCCCCAACUUGCUGUCAAACUACCUGCUGUAGAACCACCUGCUGCAAACCAACCUGUGUGAGCAGCUGCUGCCAGCCCUGCUGUUGCCCUUCCUGCUGCUGACAGCCCUGCUGACAGCAUGUUUGAAGUACAUCCUAUGCAGUGCUACAGAACCUGCACCCACCUCACCUGUGGCUUCCUGUUUGGGUGUCUAUCCCAGAGCUGUGUCCAGCUAGUACCAACUGAGCUGCCUUGCAGCCUGCCCUCAGACCACCUAUGUAGGACCCACCAGCUGUUACUCUCCUUACCUAUGCCCAGCUUUUGUCAACUGCUUAAUUCUUAGCCACUUGUCAUUUUCAAAAAUCAUCGUUUAUCAUUGAACUAGUACAAACACAGCUAAAAAAAAUUCAAGAGACUAUGAAUGUUUUGAGUCCCCAUGCUUUUGGAAUAUCUGUGAACAAAUAAAACCAAAAUCAGAAAACAUCAACCUUGUCUGUGUCUGGUAAUGAAAUAUGAAGACUCAGCUUCAUGAACUCUGUCAUGGAAUUAAAAAUGCUUUAUCAUUUACCUGACUUUACUAGUACACGUUCAUUUCCAAGCAAUGCUGAAAAUUUCUUGUCACCCUCUGCCCUAUUAAAUGUGGAUGAAAAGCACACAAACA